AUGGCUUCUACCGCUACCGACGAGAGAAAGGAGUUCGAUCCAGCUGCUGAUGUGAGCCUGAAUAAUCUUGCCGCUUCUACCUCCAGUAGAGAUGCCGAAGCUAUUGGUAUCAAUGAGAAAUCACUAUUGCGCAAGUUGGACUAUCGGCUAUUACCACCAUUGACAUUACUAUAUUUACUGUCUUUUCUGGACCGUAGCAAUGUUGGAAAUGCCAAAUUAGAAGGAAUGACUACCGAUAUCAAGAUGUCUGGGGACCAGUAUCUUAAUGGGCUGACUUUGUACUUCGUGGGCUAUGUCCUCUUCGAAAUUCCAUGCAACAUCGUUCUAAAAAAGACCACGCCCAGAACUUGGCUUCCCACUCUGACCCUGAUAUGGGGUAUCGUUGCUACCCUACUUGGGGUUGUUCAAAACUACUCCGGCUACUUAGCUUCACGAUUCUUUCUCGGCGUGGCUGAGAGUGGACUUUUCCCUGGUGUUGUUUACUAUAUCUCCAUGUGGUACAAGCGGAAUGAACAGCACUACCGUGUUAGUCUGUUCUUCAGUGCUGCAAGUCUUGCAGGCGCCUUUGGCGGUAUUCUUGCCUGGGGCAUUGGGCACAUGGCUGGUGUAGGUGGCUACAGUGGAUGGCGAUGGAUCUUCAUUCUUGAAGGUUUGGUAACUGUCAUAGCCUCGGUGAUCGCAUAUUUCUGGGUUUACAAUUAUCCAUCAACAGCUGAAUUCCUCUCGGACGAAGAACGAGAAUUCAUCCAAUUUCGGCUAAAGAACGACAGCGAUGCUACUCGGGACGAGAGUUUCACUUGGUCCGCAGUAUUAGACACAUUCAAAGACCCGAAGGUGUGGCUUUACUGCGCAGGGUUCCACACGAUGUCACUGCCAUUAUACACGCUUUCUCUCUUCCUGCCAACCAUUAUCAAGGAACUUGGAUAUUCGGCGGCUGAAGCUCAGCUGCUCAGCGUACCGCCCUAUGCCGUUGCUUUCAUCCUUACCCUUACGGUGGCAGUUGCCUCGGAGAAGACUCACAUACGUGCACCCUUCAUAAUGGGGACGUCUGCCCUUGCCUGCAUUGGCUAUAUCCUGCUACUAUCCGAUCAUAGAGCGGGCGUUUCUUACCUCGGGACCAUUCUUGCUGCUGCCGGCAUCUAUCCCUCUGUCGCCAUCGUGCUGUCAUGGCCUGCCAAUAACGUGUCCGGACAAACAAAGCGUUGCAUUGCUAACGCGCUCCAAAUUAGUGUGGGUAAUAUCGGUGCAGUGAUUGGGACACAGCUGUACCGCGUUGAGACUAGUCCACGCUAUUUUCUUGGGCAUGGCUUCGCACUGGGAUAUCUAGUUGCUAAUAUCUUUGUUGUGGGGGUUUUGUGGAUAGUCCUGCGCGCGGAGAAUGCUGCAAAGGCCCGCGAAAUCGAGGGUAAAGAGAUCAGACCAUUUGGUGAAGGGAAUGGAGACUUUGAGGACGAGGUAUUCUUGGGUGACAAGGAUCCUCGCUGGAUCUUCCAGACAUGA